CUUUUGAGAUGUUUUACCAAUGAUUAAUUUUGACUGCUUAAUAAAUUUGACAAACGCUUGCCAAAAUAAUUUUGAAGGAUUUUCACAAUUUGUCACAGUCCAGUCACGCCUCUGCAUCUAUUGUCGUGCAAUCCGGGGCGCAUAAAAAAAUAUUAAGAAUUAUUAUUACUGAGAAACUUUUAUAUAAUUAGAAUUGGGAUCCUAAUGUUACCUUACGGUAUUUAAGGAUUUGACAAAUAUAAAUGGUGUAUAAGUUCAAUAAUAUUUUGGUUUAAUUUCUGUUUUUCAAUACGUUACCUUUGUUUAAUCACCCGUCUUGGUGUAAGGAUUUUCAAGUGGGAAGUUAAAUAUUACCACCUGAAAAAAGUAGCGAGGCGUGCUUUCUUAUUGAUAGAAGCAAGACAGGUGGCUAAUUUUAUGGUUCGGUGAGCUCUGCUCCUUUGCUCCGAUGGUGUGCGCAAUAGGAUUGAACGUAAUUUACGCCGGGGGUUGAGCUUUUAAAAAGUUUUUAAUUGUACACUUGGGGAAUUUUAAAAGUGAAGGAAAAAUUUCGGAAAAACUCACUAAUUCUAAUUUUGUAGAAAUAAUACAAUAACAGGUUUUUUCUUUCUUUGGGGAUUAAGAAGUUACACUCCUUAAAGCAGCAGUUAAUAAACUUAACAUUUUUCUUUAUUUACGUUAACGAACCCCCGGUAACAACAAAGUUAGAUGUUCAAUUUUUUUCUGUUACCCCGGCUUUUAAAAAUACAAUACAAAUUUAUUAAUUCGUUGGAUCCUUAGGAUUAACUUGGAUAGCUGUAUCCUCUGUGGCCGGCAGGGUUAUUUUAAGAUAUAUUAAACAGGAAGAUGAGAAAAAAUUAUGGAAGAGUUGGAUAACCGAGUUAAUAUCAUAAAAGAAAACAGAUGCAAAACGAUGAAGUACGAAGGCUUGGAAUGUGUGGAAGUAGACAGUAUAGUCGACACCAGAAUUGGAAAGGAUCAAAAAAGAUAUUAUUUUGUCUGUUUUAAAAGCUGGAUAGCUGAAGAAAAAUUACUUGACUAUGAAGAUUUGAUAAAACAGUUUUGGAAACAGAAACAUGGACAUGAGGAUGGACAAAAAUUAGAGUAUAUGAGCGAUGAAGAAUCGCACUCAGAUAAGGAAAAUAAGUACAAGACACCGGAUGAUUGUACCUCAAAUAGAACACCAACGUUUCCACCAACGUUUGUGUCGAAGGAAUUUUCCAGGGAAAAUAAUGUUGACCAGUUGCAAAAUGAGAAUGACUCUGCGAUUAGUGAUUUGCAAGUUGAUGUUUUGCAGACAGAUCAUGACGAUGUCAGUUUGUAUUCUGAUAAAUUGUCACCCGCUCAAGAAAUAUUUGCAAAUAAAAGUUACAACAAACUGCCAGAAAACGAAGUUCCUGUUCAUGAAACCCAAGGAUCAGACGAAGAUGGUGAUCUUUCUGAUAACACAAAUGAUGAUUCCUCAAUGCAACUUAACAAUUCAACCGAGUACUCUGAUGCGAUCAUAGCUAAUGAUGAAAAGUCAAAUAAAGAUCUUCUCAGUUAUACUAACGAGCAGAAAGACGACUUUCGACCAUCUUCUAGUACCAGUGAUCAUCAUCCAAUUAAGAAAAGAAAGACGUUGGAUGAUAUUGUCAGAAAAAUAUCAGGUACAAAUGAUCAACCCGCCGAAAAAAGAAGCUGUAUUGAUGACGUGUUCUCUAAUCGUUUGCAAACCUUAGACGAAACUUUGCUAACCAAUGAAGUAAAAGCUGAGGAGAAAGAGCAAGAAGACCUGCAAAAAGAAAUGCAUGGUGCUGAUACAUACUUCGAAAUACCAUCAGGUGACAAGUUAUCUCCAAAUACCAACGGAAAUGGAAAAAACGUUUAUUGGUCUGGCGGAAAAGCAUUUAAAAAGUCGAGUCGUGCGUACAAAUGCCCCUGCUGUGAUGCCCAGUGUCCUUCAGAAGAAAUGCUUUUUGAACAUACGCAAACACACACGACCUUUCCUUGCCAAUUCUGUAACGAAGUGCUUCAAUCACUGGCCGAAUACGCUGAACACCAAAAAUUGCAUAAUAACAAAUACACUUGCAGGAUUUGCAAUGAUGAGUUCAGAACCAUUGCUGGUUUUGAAAUGCACAGAAUUAGUGUGCAUAAACCAAGACUGAAAUAUGAAAAAUGUCGAAUGUGCUCCAUGCUUUAUUCAGAUCCUGUCCAGCUGCGUCGUCACGAGAAGUUGCAUCUUCCUCCCCACCUUAGAUCCUCUGAUGAAAAUGAGCGCCCACCACCUCCACCUUUGUAUAGGCGAGAAAACGGUGGCCCUCCUCCUUUGAUACAAGAUGAUAUUCGAGAAUUUCCACAGUAUCAAAGCAGAAGUGAAUCUAAUUACGCAUGGAAUAGUUAUCAUGAUAAACCACGUAACGAGACUCUCCAUGAGAGAAAUGGGCGUCACGAAGUAGAGGAUUCCCAGCGAGUAACAAGCCACGAAAAUGAAGGAUCUGCUAUCCGUAAUCCUAUUCGAAAUCUGCUUGGUAAAAUCCAUCAUUCCCAACAAUCAUUCGAAUUUGACAGACACCCACAUUCAUCUUUUCGUCCUUUUUCCAAACACCGACGCGAUGGUGAAGAUGAAAACAAAAGUUACCAUGACGGUACUCAAGGACUACCUUAUCCAGUGCGUGUUCCCAACCACCUGCCUGUUCGUGUAAAAGAUGAAAAUACUCAUAAUGAAGAAAGAGAUAGCCAGCAUUUCCGAGAGCUUGUUUAUCGUUGUGCAUUAUGCAACAAAUCUUUUGGAAAGAAAGAAACAUUUGACAUUCAUUGGAGAUCUGCGCAUGCUGACACCCCCGUCUUCGCUUGUGACAUAUGCAAGGAAACGUUUUAUAGCAAAGAAGUAUUCGAGUCUCAUAUGAACUCCCACGUCAACCAAGACUUCGUUUGUGGAGUCUGUAAAAGAGUGUUUGACCAGAGGUCCAGUUACGAAACUCACAUGCGCUUACAUUCGAUGGAACGCCAAUUCCAAUGUCAAGUCUGUGCUCGGUCAUUUUCUUUACGAGAGAAUCUGGAACGCCACAUGUCAUUACACGCAGAAGUACCAACGUGGCGUUGCAAUUUUUGUCCGGAGACAUUUCGACGUCCCGGUUUAUUAGAGAGCCAUGUUGCACAACAUCAUGCCCGGCAAAUGGAAGAUCUGCGAAGACAAAACGAAAACAUCACCAAUUCUAAAAACCAGCCUUCUAAUGGGAGCCCAGGAAGUCCUAUUUAUCACAAGUAUCCUACGAAGCUUCCAUCUGAUGCAAACAUCCAAAAUAUUUCGCAAGAUCAGUUUUACCCUAAUCGACACCAUUAUAUUGAUGACUCGAAAAUAUUCAUUUAUGAUCCUAAAAUGGCCAAUUCGGUUGAUGGUCCCCGUAAUAUACCAUUGCCACUUUCUUCUAGUGAUUCAAACUUGUUUCUCAAAGAAAAAAUGGAAGAAUCGAAGCAGUCCUUAAUAAAGUUGGCGCCUGCUGUUUCACAGCCUCAUUAUAGCUCUGUGAAGAAAGUUUCGCCGCCACCGGCUGCACACCACAAUAUGAAAUGUGAACAAUGUGGGGAGGAAUUCACAUCUUCGUCGUUGUUUGAAAUACACCUGCGAUCGCACGUUCAAGAAGUAUUCAAUUGUCCAAAAUGUCCAAGAACUUUUACGAAAAGAAGUGUAUACGAUACGCACGUUCAAUCUCAUGAUACGAGUAAAUCGCAUAACUGCCCGUAUUGUCAGCGUUCGUUCUCUAUGAAAGGUAAUUUGCGAAGACAUAUUCGAAUCCACACCAACGAAGCACCUUACGAAUGUCCAAUUUGUUUCCAACGGUUCCGUCGUUCUGACGGUUUGAAAGGACAUAUUAAAAGGCACGAAACAAUGGGAGAGAGUGCCCCAACAGAUAUGGUACCCUCCCAAGCGUCUGCUUAGAAAGACAAUUUGAAAAAAGAAAUGUAAUAGAUGUAUAUGUUGUAAAAAUAUUGCGAUUCUGUGUUCUUUAUUGAAUUCUAAGAGGAAAAAAGUUAUUUAUUAAAAAAAUGUAUUUAUAUAUAGCUGUAUCAUUUUGUUUAAACAAUUUUAUAUAUUGUUAA